UUGAACAUUGCCAGUAGCCCCACUAGUGUUUUUUGAUUCCUCGGAGUCUCCGUUUAGGGCUGUUUGUUUCCUUUUUAUUUAUUUUUUCUUUUCAGAUAUUUAUUUGUUGUCCUCAUCUCACUAACCAACCACCUUGUCUCUCUGUCUCAUCACUUCAGUCCAUUUUUUUCAACCUCAAGAAGACAAAAAGAAACAUAUGAUUGCAAGCUGUUGUAGACAGAUAUAGUGCUUCUGUGUUCGAAUCCUGUUACUGCUCAAAUCAUUGGAAGAUGACAAUGAUUAAAAAUGAGCAACUUAAACAUGGUCAACAAGAAAAGUGGUUUAAUAAUUUUCAUGAAAAUCUUGAUCUGAAUGUGACUGCUCAAGAGCUGGAGCAGCAGCCUGAUUUUCGGUGGGAAUUGUUAGAAAACCGCUAUAGCCAAUACAGUGAACUAUCUGGAAAGAUUGAGAAGCACAGAGAUAGCAUUAGUUUGGAGGCCCAACAACAAGGAAAUCAGAUACCUCAGACAAAGAUUUCUGAGGCAUGUGUUAAUGACUUGUUGAUUCUUGCACAAUCUGCUGAGAUAGUAGCACAAUCUGAAGAUAGUGUGGCUGGGGAGCAUACAAAUAACCAAAAAAAUAAAGACUUACAAAGUGACCUGAUCGAUCAAAUGUCACAAGAGCAUGCUAGCAAUAUCAAUGUGGAUGUUACCAGAACCCGCUUAACUCAAAUUCGGAAGCAAGCUAGAUGUAAAUAUCUUAUAUUGGAUCAAGAGAGGGAUGACAAUAGCCGCUGCAAACAUUCACAAGGAAAAACAAUCCGCCUGAACCAAAUAAAGCAUCAAGCUCGGUGUAAAAGUAAGAAUGAUUUGGCACCACAAAUGAUAUCUAGGGCUGAAAAUGAGCAGCCAAAAGGUAGAAUACUUCGAUUGAGCCAGAUGAAACAUCGAGCUCGGUCCAAAGGUAAUUCAACAGUGAAAGAUGGGACUGAGAAGCAUAUGGAUCAGAGUCUGCCUUGUAACAGAUUUAAAGAUAAUAAACAAGUUCUUGCAGGGCAAGUUGUGAAGAAAAAUAUCUUUCCAGUGGAUUCCAGUCCUUCUGUCGAAGAUGUGCCUGCACAUAACUUUAGAGGAGCCAUUCAAUCAUCUGUUGUAAGGCGGGAUAUUGAAAAUCUUAAGGAACAUCAACGUAUUGCAAGGCGAUUAAGGGCAUUCAAGACUAAAAAACUGAGGCAACAGUUCAGGAGAGAGUGUAAAAGAAGUGUUUCCAGUGCGGGACUGCAUGCAAUGGGGACAAGCCUGACUGGGUUAAAAGCAGCGAACUCAGAAGCACAAAAAGAAUUUGUACCUGUGAAAAGAUUACGCUUAUCUCAAUUGAGACGUGAAGCUCGUUUAGGGAAUCCCUUUCCUGCUAUGCAAGGACUGCCUGGAAAUUAGAUGUGAUUUGAUAGUAAGCAUUUUAGAGGGCUAUAGGAUGUAUACAAGAAGGAGUCAUACAAGGCUGAUAUUGGAGAAUAUAUGCUGCCAUACAUAUAUAAUUUUUUUUUAUCAACUUUUGUAAGGGCGUCCCAUGACAAAUUGGUGUUAUUUGGUGGAAACCUUGAUUUGAUUAGCUCAUAUCAAUCGGAAAAUGGUUGAUAUGGAGAAGUUAUGCUGUCAUAUAUACUUUUUUUUUAUGAACUAUUGUAUGAACGUCCAAUGACAAACUUUUGAUUGGAUUUAUUUGGUAGAAACCUUGAUUAGAUAAAGGA